GUUCCAACCUCGAAAUCGUGCACCAUCAACAUGGAAUAUCCGAAAACCUUCGACAACAAAUCCGGGCUGGUUUCAAAAGCUGAUACCUCGAAAAAGAACGAUGGCGAGCUUGUGUCCGUGUCUGAAGCUAACCAGACUAACCUCAUUAUUAAUUACUUGCCGACCGACAUGACGGAGAACGAGCUUCUCAAUAUUUUCUCCAAGUUUGGGGAAGUCGUAGAUCACAAGAUAAUCCGACAUAGGCAUUCGGGAUUAAGUCUCGGAUACGGGUUUGUAGUGUUUAAAAACACAAACGCCGCCAGAAUUGCGCAGAUUAUGUGCAAUGGACACGAGGUCCGUGGAAAGUCUCUUAAGGUGGCCUUUGCCAGGCCCCGGAGCCAGGACAUUGUUAACGCCAACUUGCAUGUGACGUACCUGCCACCCGACAUCGAUGAGAGCAAGCUGACAGAGCUGUUCGGACGCUACGGAACCAUCAUUGAGGUGAGGGUCUUGCGCUGGCCGACUGGGAAGCCGCGGGGAUCAGGAUUCGUGCGCUUCGAUCAGCGCAUGGCCGCUGAGGUGGCCCUAAACGCCCUGAACAAUUACGUCCUUAAAGAAGCUACGCGGCCCAUCACGGUCCAGUUUGCCAAAGACCAUAAAUCGCCUAAGGAUGCUACUAACAGUGGACCAACCAACAAGAUAGACCUAGGGACCCAGCCGGCUGGCAAGCGCUGUCAGGAGCCAAAUUCUCCUCCGCGGCCCAUCAAACGCCAGAUCAGUGAAGAGCCAUAUCCUUUUCCACCGCCCGUUGAGCGACACAUCAAGCAGUUCCAGGUGGACCCAAGAAUCCACAAACUCCAAAUGGACCCAGAUACUCAGCCGUUUGGCAAGCGCAGCCAAGGGCCAAAUCUCGCCGAGAUUGAGCACACCGCCAAGCGUGCUGGCGGAUAUGUUGUUCCUUAUAAACACACUUAA